ACUACCGUCACCGUCCCCGUCACCGCCGCUGAGGAGUGCCCCGCCCCAGCCCAGCUCGUGUAGUCCAACUGAGCAUGCCUGGUCCUUAAAGCGCCCUCAGAGUUACCAAAUAGACGCUUGAAGUAGAGUACUUGGAUCUCCAGGCUGCAGUUCUUGAUUGGACGUGCCAGGGCGACUCCGCUGUAAGGCGACACAGGAUUGGCGGAGGCGCGUACAGCAUGUGCCGCAGCGCUGGCUUUGUACACACUACCGCUUCCCCCGGCCCUUUAACAAUGAGCGGCGAGAGCUGCUAGUCCCGGGGCUGAAGCCGAGCCUGGAGGACCGGAGGCCCCCGUGCACGAUGAGUCGGGCCCUGGCCCGAGCAGUGAGCACAGGGAUUUUGGACUGAAGCUGUUGGAUCUGGCUAAGCUUCCCAUCCCAUCCCAUGGAGCUGGAGGGGCAGUGGUGGAAAGGACAGCUGGCUGCUGAUAUUCAUCAAGCACUCCGAUACAAGGAGCUGAAGUUGCCCACCUAUAAAGGCCAGUCACCUCAGCUAAAUCUCAGGCGGUAUUUUGCAGAUCUGAUUGCUAUUGUGAGCAAUCGCUUCACUCUUUGCCCUGCAGCUCGGCAUCUUGCUGUCUAUUUGCUUGACCUCUUUAUGGAUCGAUAUGACAUCUCUAUCCAGCAGUUGCAUUUAGUUGCACUUUCCUGUUUGCUUCUAGCAAGUAAAUUUGAAGAAAAGGAAGAUAGCGUGCCUAAACUGGAGCAGCUGAACAGCCUUGGUUGUAUGACUAACAUGAAUCUAGUAUUAACAAAACAAAAUUUGCUACACAUGGAACUACUGCUAUUAGAAACAUUUCAGUGGAACCUCUGCCUUCCGACAGCUGCCCAUUUUAUUGAGUAUUAUCUUUCUGAAGCAGUACAUGAAACAGAUCUGCAUGAUGGCUGGCCAAUGGUUUGUCUGGAAAAAACCAAAUUGUACAUGGCAAAGUAUGCUGAUUAUUUUUUGGAAGUGUCACUGCAAGAUUAUGCCUUUCUAAAUUAUGCACCUUCUCUAGUAGCUGCUGCUUGUGUGGCUUCAUCAAGAAUCAUUCUUCGUCUUUCCCCAACGUGGCCUACUAGAUUACAUCGCCUAACUGCCUAUUCUUGGGAUUUCCUGGUGCAGUGCAUUGAACGAUUAUUGAUUGCCCACGAUAAUGAUGUAAAAGAAGCAAACAAACAGAAAGGACAGCCUGGCCCCCAGCAAGGUCAGCUGAGUGUGUUUCACCCUGCAUCCCAAACGACAAGACCCAUCCCCAUCCAGCAGCCUCAGUAUCUCCAUCAGCCACAUCAGAGCUCACUGCAGUAUCGCCAUCCAGUGUCAGAGCAACAAAACUGCCAACAGAUAGUAUCUACCAGCACUCACACCUCAACCUACACUUUACAGACUUGUCCUUCCGGCUUACAGACCAACGUUCAAGGCCUUGGGCAUGUGCAGACUGGUGUUGGCAUGUCCCUGGCAAUACCAGUAGAGGUUAAGCCAUGUCUUAGUGUUUCUUAUAACAGGAGUUAUCAAAUAAAUGAACAUUAUCCUUGUGUCACUCCAUGCUUUGAGAGGUGAGGAUUUGUCAGCAUAAGCAUUGAUCCAGACUAUUCUCAUCACCUCUAAGGACCUAGAUUAAGAGAAGGAGCUCUAUUCAGAUGGAAAGCAGAGCUGAAUGGAGACAAGAUUUCAAACACUGAACCCACACAAAUUGAAAUUAAAGUAUUCCUUUCAUUGCAUCAUGUAUUCAUGGGGAAAACUGAAGUAAUACUUAUGAACAUGUCCAAUCUGUUGCAUGUUAUGUCCACAAGAAUCUGUAGAGCAAAAAUGUCCAAACCCCAAAUGAAGGUCCAAUUAUUUCAAGCAUUAUUCAUUACCAAAAAGAAAAAAAGCAUUUGGAACAGUUCAUAAUUCAUCAUAAUGGCAUUUGUCUUACGAUAAACUUUAUACUGACAUUAAUCUCAAGGAAACCACUUUUCUGUGGACUUGCCAAAUGGUUUUUGUAUGAAGGAAAUUUGCAGUAUUACUUUUUGAAGAGGUCAUUUUUGUAUAUUCUGAUUUUGAAUAACAUACUUGAUUUCUAGAUGAACUUUGACUACAUUCAGAUUCAUUGAGUGCUAUGCUGCAGUAUCAUCAGUCUGUGCUAUAGAAAACUACUAAAUUCAUUAGUAGAAAUUAUUUUACAUAACUUCCUCUUACAAAUAGUAUGUGUAUUUGGACAUACAGAUUGAGAUCAAGGGCAAAAUUUGUCUCCAUUUAUAAAAUCAUGAUUUUAAUACACAUCAUUGCCUCAAGUUUAGAUGAAAACACAUACUAACUCAGGGAAUUUGCACUGCUUGGAAACACUUAACUGUAAUGCAGCAUGCUUGUGCGAUAUUGAGAGCAUUGACAGCCAGAGGAAUUUAUAAAUGUUCAUAAAUUAUAAUUAGGCCAAAAUAUUUCCAUUUGCUUUCAAAUGAGAAUAUAGGAUUAUAGCGCAGGACAGAUAAAAUGGUUAUACCUGUGGUUCAUUUUUAUAUGUCUAUAUGUAGGUUUUGUAUUUCCUAAGUCAAUCUGAUUUAUCCCCAAAUUUGGUAGUUCGAGGUUCUUUUAUUUUUUCAAGCGGUAGCACAAUUACAAAAUGCAGAGCCUAAAAAAGUAUUUGUAAGGAAAGGUUCUCAGGUUUGUGCCAGGUGGCACUUUCUGUUUCACAAGAGACAGAGAUUUAUAACUAACUUUUGGAUCCAACUAAUAAAUGUUAUUUAAGGGCGCUUAUAGAAAAUUGCUUUAAUGGCAGCUGGUUUGUACAGUACUAGGACUGGCUUAUUCUCUAAAAUUCCACUGCCUUAUUAGUGGGUGGAUAAAGCAGUAAUCAUGGCCACAAGGGCAACUUGGAGGAUGUGGAGUGUUCAGGGGAGGGGGUGGGCAGGCAGGUAGUAAGUUAAAAGGGAGAAAAUAAAUAUAUUACAAUAACUAUGCUGUUAGCUACAUAUAUUUUCUUUGUGGGCAGAGAGAGGGGGGUUUGGUGGAGGGUGUCUUCCUUGCUUAAAAAUGAGUAAGUUCUUUAAAGAAGUUUUUUUUAAGUAGCACUUCCAUGGAAAGGAAUGCACAUGGCAGAUAAUUGACUGCCGUCUUAUGUGCUAAAUUUUCAGUGUCAAUAUGAUUGCCAAGAUAUGGGUAUGCAGCAGGAGUCAAAGUAGUUGAGGUACUCCUUGAUAGGGAAGGGACUUGGCAGAGGAAGGGAAACUCCCAGGAAAAUGUCAAUUCUUGAUGCAGGUGGUAGUUCUACAUAUGUGAAGUAAGUGUUUGAGACAAUUUCCUUUUUUUUCCUUAAAAGAAUAAACUGUGCUUAAGAUGCUUUAGUCAUUCUGUAGUAAGUUUAGUAGAAAGCAAUACUCAGGUUAAGACUAAAACAUUCACUAUGGAAGGUGUGCUUUCUUAAAGUGCCAUUUAAAAAAUUAACUCUUCCCCCCACCUCCAACAUUGUUUAUUCAUAUUUGCUUAUUUGUAAGUUUCUUGCCUGGAGAAAACUUGAUUUGGGGGAAGUUGACACAAAAGGAAACUUUGUCAUAUUCAUAUUUCACAGUACUGCAACCUUAAGUCAAGCCUUUAAUAUUUUAACUACCUCGAUAUGUGAUGAAUGUAAAGUUUUGGGAUAGAGAUCCCAACUUGAAACAACAGCUGGUGCUGGUGCCUAUGAUAACUUAACGUCUUGUCAAAUGCUUUUAUUGGUUUAAAUGUCAUUCUUGUUGCAGAAGAGUACUUUUUUAAAAAGAAUUCAAUAAUUUCCAGUCUUAUAUUCAGACAGCCAACUAAUAGUGGAUUGAUUUUAAGGAUGGAAUUAAAUAAUUGGUUAUCAUUGCUGCAUACCCCUUUUUAUUUGGCUAUUUUAAAGCUUCAGGUUUCAGUUUAAAAGCAAUUCAUUAUUGCUUGCUGCCUUGGAAUUUUGUUUUGUUUUAUUUAACUUAUUGCUUAGUCUGAGUUUCUCUUGAGUACAAAGACCAUCAAAACAUGUACUGUGAACAGAUUCAUUUUAUAUAGAAGAGGGCUUCACCAAAGUCCAGUGAAAUACACUACUAAAUGUCAGACUGCAAACCAAAAUGUAUGUGUGUGUUAUGGCAUUAAUUCCAAAUAGUGCUUAUAAUGCAAAAGUCCACAACAAUGGAAUCUAGAUGAGUGCUAUGCACUUGGAAUUUUACAAUAAAACUAGUUUUGAGUACUAUGGCUUUGGUAUUUGAUUAAAUAUGAGCUCUUGAUGUAUACUUGUGAUUUCAUCUAACUAUGUUGAACUAUAAGUCAGACUUGUUUAUUUAGUUAUAUUUACAAAUAAUAAAAAGAAAUCAGUCCAGAAAUGGUAUUACGCAGUAA